GGUUUUCCGAAUUUCUCGCGAGUUUUGGUUGCUAUGCUUUCACGGGGAUAUGGAGUUGGUGUUUUGCGCUUAUGUGGUUGAUCUAGGGCAUUUCCAAAAUGCUUCUCUUUUUCUUUUCUUUUGUCCUUUUGUUCUUGGGCCAAAGUUCGUCGCUUUCUCUGCCCUUUCGUCCGUUUUAGGGAAACCCAGAAGCUAUUUGUCUUCCUGGUUUCCGCUUCUCAGGCAGUUUGAGAUGGCACCUCAGGCUAGAAGAUUGGCUGCGGCUCAAGGAAAUUUUCAAGCAGUUGAGCCUAAAAAGGCAUGGAUGCAUCAUGAGAUGAAUUCAGUUGACAAUACUGUUAGACACAAGCUGGGUGGGCGGCAGCUAGCUGGGGGCAGACCUGUGCUGACUGCAUAUCAAAGGGAUGUCCUUUGGGAGGUACGACAACAUUGUGCUUGGUUGAUUAAAAUGGAGGAACCUUUCAAUGUAUUUGGAUGCUCUGAUGAAGAGAAAGUGAAUUAUGCCACCUAUGGGUCAAGCAGGCCUGCUAUCAUUUGGUGGCUGCUUGAGAAAAGUGAGUACUUGGGAUAACUUUGAAAAGGCUUUCUGUGGACGGUACAUCCCAGACAGUGUUUGACUUCAAAUGGCAGAAGAUCUCAUCAACCUGAAGCAGAAGGACUUGACUGUAGUUCAGCAUGAAGCUCAAUUUAGUAAACUGACAAGGUUUGUGCCACCGUGGGUGGACAGUGAUGUGUUCGUUGCUCGGAUGUUUGAAGGGGGACUGAGGCCUCAAAUUAAGGCAUUGGUGAUGCCUUUUGAACUGAAGACAUACAGGGAUAUUGCGAUAAAAGCUUCUUUUGUUGAGAAAUGCCUCCUCAAGGUAGACAGGGAUGGAUACGAUGUACAAAAGAAGAGGCAUGCUAUUGAGGUGCCCCAGCGAGAACAGGAUUCAUAUAGUCCGGAGGGAAGGGAUUCCAAGUACUUGCGCCUGCAGAUGGAAAGAGACUCAAUCAAUUUGAAACAGAAUAACUCAACAGUGGCUGAAUACGAACGGAGUUUCAUAGACUAGCGGCUUUUGCUCCUUCCCUGGUAGCAGAUGAGGUGAUCCGUGCAUUUAGGUUCGAGGAGGGAUUGAAGCCUCUGAUCAAAUUUCUUGUGGUCCCAUUUGAGCUGAAAACUUUCAGUGCUGUGGUGAAAAAGGCUAAGCUGGUAGAGUGAGUUCUCGAGGAGGAAGGUGGACAUGGACAGAUUUGAAUCUGCUUGACCAGGAGUUCCUUCACCCCCCGCCCCUUUUCUUUUUUUGCCCUUCAAUCACAACUUGGGAUGCUCGUGGCGUAAAGAAAUGUAUAGGGAGUUAGGGACAUUGUGAAUGGCAUGGCUCUUCUUUUUGCUUUCAUUUUUGCCUUGUUAUCAGGACUCGGGAUCCUAAAGAAUGCAGGAUUGUCUGUUUCGAAAGGUUCAUGAAAACCUAGUGGAAAGACUACAAAGAAACCGUAAAUGGAGACUAGCUUUU